AUGUCUGUUUCAUCCAUUAUUAUCUGGUUAAGUUAUACUUUGAAUAAAUGCAUUUCUCUGUCAUUUACUAGUUUAACCAACUUUUUUCCAGAAACUUGUUCCAUUCGUGCCAGAUUCGGGAUACAGGGAAAUGAACCAAUUCGAAUUUACACAGGAAAUACACUUGAAUUACCUUACAAUCUAAGUCAGAGCGCUGGAGGCCUGUUGAGUCGUGCUACUAAGUACUACAAGUCGUCAACUGGUCUUCGUGGCCAUAUUGUGGCCUCGGAAGGUCAGAACAUUGACGAACAGCCUUCAAGGCAGCACUGUUCGUGGCUAUGCUAUUGCCCCAAUCUGGAAGAAUACAUCCUCUGGAUGCAGAAGAAUGCUGACUUCAAUCGACGACAUAUGGCUUUAAACGAUAAUAAUCAUGUACAGACUGAAGGAAUCCUUGACGAAUCAAUUGAGAUAAAUUUCUUACUAACUUAUUGUGCCCCGUUGCCAUGCUUUACGGAAACCCAAGUGCCUAGACAAUUUAAGACCACAAAUAACCGGAUGGGAAAGACCGGGAAUCAAAAUCAAGGCUCUCAUUCUGCAUCUGAACUUACUUUCAAUAAAUGGCCAACAACUUGGAAUUCUCCCACUUUGGUGACUCCCAAACCAAAUAAACUGGGCCCUAUCGCCGGCAGGGUAUGCGGAAAUAUGUUUAGUGCAGCUGCCUCUACAGCCGAUACUGCUUGGUUCCAGACGUUCCGGUGUGAGUGUAGUACUGGUGAUAACAUCGAGUGCAAACUGAGGCCAGAAAUGCACACUUACAAGGAGGUUGGAUCUGGCUAUACAGAUGUUUAUCCUCAAGGUAAGUGUAAAAGGCCUAAAAGAGAAAGUUUUUUCAUUGGAUUUCGGCAUCGCAAUUCGUGA